AUGAAAACCGCCUUAAACCAGGUAUUCUUGAUUUUGUUGUUAAAUGCAUUCAGUGCGAGAUGUGAAGUCGAUCAAGGUUUCGGCAACUACAUGCAAUACUUUUACAAAAGAACCCCGCCAAGUCUUACUCGGAGUUUCGCUGAACCGCCCAAAAGCAUCUGCCAACGGUAUAAGAAUGCAUACCGCUAUGCCACACUGUACAGCACCAGCUUAGGGAUUCCCCUUUAUUCAGCUUACACCCUGCCUGAUCCUUGUUCGGGUUCUCCCGAGCCACAGAGAAGGUCCACAUGGUUUGUCGAGCCUCAGCUCCUGGUAGCCGCUGACACCAGAUCUAAGACAAAUAUGGAGACAGCUUCCCAGCAAAAUGAACGCUACAAGACAGUACAGGCGAUAAACGUAGACUACUGUAACACAGCCAUGACCUCGCUGGAGAUCGUUACGAAGCGGCCAAAAUUUUUUGUUGAUGACUGCAAUGAAAAUACGGCAAAAUCAAAAACUACACGAGCUCAAGUUGUAGCUCCUGUGAACGUACGAUUGGCAAAUGCAACAAAUGAAAUAAGAAGGUUGGAGCAGUCAACUAUUCCUCCAAAGAAACGCGAAGUCUUUCAUGAGGUAUUGGAUUUGAUUUAA